UUAGUAAGGAGAUACUUUCAGCUAUGUACUAAUGUGUGCCUAUACCUCCUGGUCUCCAACACCCUCAGUGCUUCACAAACUGGGCAGAGCAAGGCACCUGGAUCACUUUGAGACAACGAUCUCUUUCAAAAGCUUUCACUCGAAAAACCCAAAACAAACAGUGCAUCCUGAUGGAAGCUGGAUUGGUAAUGUAAAUAUAAAUAUUAUAUUGACAACAUUGUGGCUCAAACCUAAUGUGAUUGUUAUUUUGGUUACGGUGUCCGAGGACCUCCCAGCCGCACAGAGUCUGCUGUCCAACCUCCAGGAGCAGGUUACAGCAGUUACAGCCCACGUACAGAACCUAACGCAGAAAAUCCGAAAUGGCAUUUAUCCCACAGAAAAAGGUUUAAGCUUCUUGGAGUUGAAGGAUCAGCUCCUGCUGAUGUAUAUGCAGGAUUUAACCCAGCUCAUUCUGGAGAAGACAUGUGGAAGACACAUAAAUGGAAAUCCAGGGAUCAUGAGGCUGGUGGAGAUGCGCACAGUUUUGGAGAAGAUGCGCCCUAUUGACCAGAAACUAAAAUACCAAAUAGAUAAAUUGGUAAGAGCGGCUGUGACCGGGAGCCUUGGGGAGAAUGAUCCUCUACGUUUCAAACCCAAUCCCCAGAAUCUCAUGAGUAAGCUUGAAGAGUUUGAUGGAGAGUCAGAUGGAGAAGGAGAAGCAAGUGGUGGAACUGCUAAGAAAUCUCAGAGUAAAGGCAGAAAAUACAUCCCCCCUCGGCUGGCACCUGUGCACUAUGAUGAUACAGAGGCAGAGAAGGAACGUAGACUUCUAGAGCGUGCAAAGAAACGAGCUUUAAGCAGCUCUGUUAUUCGGGAAUUGAAGGAACAGUAUACUGAUGCUCCAGAAGAGAUACGAGAAGGGAAAGCAUAUCAUAUGAUGCGGCAUGAGAGAGAGGAGCAACACAGAACCCGAUAUGAGGAGUCCAUGAUGGUGCGUUUGAAUAUGACGCGCCAAGAAAAGGCACGAAAAAAGAAAGUGCUCUCGAUGACAUCACAGCUUGGUUCUCUUACUCACUUCACGGACAUUAGUGCCCUAACUGGGGGGGAAGGGAGAAAUGAGGACAUGUUACCUUCUGCUAAGAAAUCGAAGAGAAGCUCCAAAAAAGGAAAAAAGAAGAGAGGUUUCAGGAAGCGAUAACCUUUAUCUACAUCACAGCGCAGUGUCCAGUGAUGGCAGUGUCGUGUCACAGAUCCCUCCAGGCCUUAAUAUUUUUCUGAAACAUCAGUUUUUAUAUUUAGCCAGUUUGUGUGUUGCCUGGAACAAACCUUUUAUUCUUGUUGAGGGCACAUGGAGGUAAAUGGAACACAUCUUCAUGGGAUUUAAUUUGAACUUUAAGUGGUUUCCUCAACAUUAACUAUGCACCUAGUUUGCAAUAAAAUAUUUUUCAAUUGUAUAUAAAA